CCUUAUCAUGACGCACACAGAGAGGGAAAAUAAUCAUCAUAAUAAUAAGCCAUUAACUUAAGCACGUACAAUAUUGGGAGAUUAUUUUCAAACAGCAACAAAACACGCUUUGUUAUUACAACAGGUUUGCUUCUAUUAUACCUUUGAACCGAUCGAGUGAUGAGGAGGAGGAGGAGGAGGAGGAGGAGGAGGAGGAGACCGCCGAGAGAGGAAGGAAAUGAAGAUCACGUCACGAAGAGCAAAAUCCGAGUAAAAAAAAAAAAAACAAAAAAAACAAAAACGGAGCGAGUGCUAUUGAACGCUCUUCGACUCGACGCGCGCGUGGACCGAGCUGCGGUUUUAUCUUCGGCCAGCAUGUGAUCGUGGAAUCGAUCGUUCGGCGUGGGGGGGUGGGGGGGUGCAGUCGCAGCAGUGGAUUUUUUGAUGAUUAUUUUUUGCUGGUUUUUUUUUUUUUUGUGUGGAAAUGUGUGAAGACCUCCCCCUCCUCUUCUUCCUCCUCCGAGUGCCUGCCCACUGACGCCUCUUCGCGUGCAUAUUCGCCACACAAUUCCUUUAAAAUUAAAUAUACAUUGGAGGAAAAACAAACCCACGAGAAGACAUUGUUAAAAGCGGCGGAAUUGUUUUUGCAUUUAUUUUUUUCAGGGGAGUGUUUUUUUUUUUGCACGACAAUCAGAAGAGGAGCAUCGGUGGAAUUAACAGGUAGCCUCCCACCGAGUCAGUUUUUAAUACAAAACGAGUCCCAAAAUGAGCGAGCUGGAGCAGCUUCGUCAGGAGGCCGAGCAGUUGAGGAACCAGAUUCGGGACGCCAGGAAGGCCUGCGGCGAUUCGACCCUGACGCAGGUAACCGCCGGCCUGGAUCCGGUGGGGCGGAUACAGAUGCGAACGAGACGCACCCUCCGAGGCCACCUCGCCAAGAUCUACGCCAUGCACUGGGGCUCGGACUCGAGGCUUCUGGUGAGCGCCUCUCAGGACGGCAAACUGAUCGUGUGGGACAGCCACACCACCAACAAGAUCCACGCCAUCCCCCUGCGCUCCUCCUGGGUGAUGACCUGCGCGUACGCCCCAUCCGGCAACUACGUGGCGUGCGGGGGCCUGGACAACAUCUGCUCCAUCUACUGCCUGAAAACGCGCGAGGGGAACGUCAGGAUCAGCAGGGAACUGCCAGGGCACACGGGCUACUUGUCUUGCUGCCGUUUCAUCGACGACAAUCAAAUCAUCACCAGUUCGGGAGACACCACCUGCGCGUUGUGGGACGUCGAGACCAGCCAGCAGACCACGGUGUUCUCGGGCCACACGGGCGACGUGAUGAGCCUCUCCCUGGCGCCCGACCUGCGGACCUUCGUGUCGGGGGCAUGCGACGCCUCGGUCAAGCUUUGGGACAUCAGAGACAGCAUGUGUCGGCAGACCUUCACCGGACACGAGUCGGAUAUCAAUGCCAUUUGCUUCUUCCCCAACGGCAGCGCCUUCGCCACGGGCUCCGACGACGCCACCUGCAGGCUGUUCGACCUGCGCGCCGACCAGGAACUGGGCCUCUACUGCCACGACAACAUCAUCUGCGGCAUCACCUCGGUGGCUUUCUCUCGCUCGGGCCGCCUUCUGCUGGCGGGCUACGAUGACUUCAACUGCAACGUCUGGGACGCCAUGAAGGGAGACAGGGCAGGAGUCCUCGCCGGCCACGACAAUCGCGUGAGCUGCCUCGGCGUGACUGACGACGGCAUGGCCGCGUCCACCGGCUCCUGGGACAGCUUCCUCAAGAUCUGGAACUGAAGGCACCGACCCGACCCGACCCGACUUUCUCUUUCUUUUUUUGUACUGCACGCAAGCUCAACGAGUGUCCACAAAGACGUAGUACGACGACGUAGUUUACAGCGAACCUCCCGCGCUCCCUUCAGCUGACUCCAGUGCACAAUUGGAGCUCCCGAAUAAACAUGAUGGGGGGGACAAAAAAAAUCUCUUAGAAGGUUUUUAUAGCUACACGGCCCACACUCUGCAUCAGAUUUUUUGCUUUUUUUUUUUUUUACACCUGAUUUCUCCGUGUUCUCGUGUGCCUCAGAUACACUUUAAGGAUUAUUACUAGACAACAUUGAUAAGAGGUGAAUUAACUUUAAAAGAUAAAAAUAAAAGCAUUAAGAAGAGUUUGAACGAAGCAGGAGCCAAUAUUCCCACUUUAAUAUGGAUGUCAAGAUGGUACAAUUGUACACAAUAUUAAUAAAUAAUCUCCUGCCGGUGAA